CGCUUCUCUUCCUCAACCGGACAGAACAUCCUCCAGUGAACUCAUUCGAAUAGAUCGCUUAUUCUAUGUAAACAUGGAAUCCGCUCCAUAAGUCGACAUCACGACACUAUGGCACCCUCGAAAGAUUCCAAUUCAAAAGAUGAAUCCACGUCGAAUUGCACAAAUCCAUACGACCCAUUUCGGGCCCUGAAAGGCUUCGUCAAUUCCCAAAUCCAGCUGAUCACGGAUAUGACGGAUCAAUUUACUUCGAGCAUCGACAAGGCAGAAGAUUUACACCGAAAGCUCCGUGAUCAUGUUCGAGAUGUGAAAUCCGAAUUGAACGAUGGACCUGAUGGGCCAGACAAGUCGACUCGACCAGAACGAGAGACACCAUCCUCGCGAUCGCAAGAUUGGUGGCAAGAGAUGUCGGCUUUCUUGGAGGAGGGUCGCAAGAAGGCACAAGAGGUCUAUUCACUCCUUGAGAAUGAUUCGCGCAACGAAACAUCCGAGUCGAGUCAUGGCGACAGUCAGCUGAAUCCAAUCGAAACCUUAUUGCGAGCCAUAGAACACGAAGCAGAACGGUUUGAAAGAGCUAUGGAAUCCCAUGGGGGCUUACGUGGGAGAGUACUGUACAUAAACGAAGAUAUCGGGGCUUUCACUUCCACAGACUUUCUCUGGCAGAAGCUUUACGAUCCGAUGUCGCUUUCAAUGAUGCCGCCAUUGACCCACGUUGAUUGGAAUAGAGCUUUUGAGGAUCUCCGACUUGCCAGUCAAGGAUCUCAUAUGACAGCUCACUCUCAAUGGAAAGCAUCGAACCGCGAGCAAAAGGCUGAUUGGGACUCAAAGCGCCAGCUAUGGGAAGAAGUUCAGGCGGGGAGCCAGCUCGCAAGAGAAGAAUUAUUCGAACCAUUUGGGCUGUACAGACGGAUUCGGGACACAUUAGGUGAUGUCUUUCAUGAGAACCGGCCGGCGGAAGAUUCAUCAUCCACAUUGGAUCCUGAAACGGAACUUGAUAUGUUUGAUCGAUUCCAAAAACAAGAAGAUUACUCCCCUGAUCAAUCGACGGAUGCUCGCGGAAGAAUCAUUCGAACUGUACACAGGGAGGAGGAACGUGUGUUCCCGGAUGGGCAUGUCGAGAAAAGAUCUACCAAAAGUAAGAUCUACGAGGAUGGAAGUGAGGAUGUUUCGGAGAACGUCGAUGACAAUGGAAGUCGCAGUACACAGGACAAUCAUGUGAAUUCCAACAAGAGACUGGAAGAGGCGACGGGUAGGACAUCGGGCAAUGAACUCCAGCAAACCGAUCAAUCGAGUGACGAGUCCAGCAGCUGGUUCUGGAAGUAAAUUGGCACAGGAUAAAUCAUCUUCUCCACUCAAUAUCGGCCGUCUUUGACGCAUUGUACGUUCAUGCUCUGUGGUGUUGAUGUCAAGGACUUUCUUCGUUCGAAUCCGCUAGUCCCAGGCAGAAUACUAUCGGUUCCAGGACAAAAUUACUACAGGAACUGGACUCCAUAUAAGCAAGACGAUAGAGCCAUCAAUAGCGAUGCUUCUUUGAGCUCUAUCAAUGGCCAUUCUAUCUUCUACUUGCAGGCAGUAGUUAUAGAGUUCUUAGACUUAUGGAGAUGUCAAAUCCCCCUUGUGGUAUCGGAUAACCCAGAUUCCAG